UACAAAUCACCCACCUUGUGCUUCAACAUAUUGUUUCCGCCAUCCUAACAAUGCAGUCUUCAACAACUUCCAUAAAAUUGAGCAGAUUUUCAUUAGAUAAUUUUGCUGUUAACCUAUGCAAAAUUCUUGGUAUUUCAGGACUAGUCCUCUACUUAGCAUACCUGUUCUUUUUCAGCCAAUCCAGCUGCCCAUCUUCCCAAUUCUUCACCCCCUUCCAACACAUACGGCCAGUGUCACCACCUUCUCAACAACUUAAUAACCUCACUCAUACCAAUCAUUCCUCUCCCACCAACCUUAACCACCUUGUUUUUGGCAUUGUAGGAUCUGUCAAUGCAUGGAGACAUCGAAAGGCCUACACCGAGUCAUGGUGGCGCCCCAACGCAACACGUGGAUACCUCUUCCUCGACACACACCCCACUGAUGACCUCCUCCCCUGGCCGCCCUCUUCUCCUCCUCUUCGCGUGUCCAAUGACAUAUCUAAAAUUGUGGAAGAGUCAAAGCAUGUCGCUCCAAUCAUGGUUCGCAUGGUACAUGCGAUUUUGGAGGUGUUUAGGGAGGGUGAUGAGGGGGUGAGGUGGUAUGUGAUGGGGGAUGACGAUUCUCUCUUUUUUGUGGACAAUUGGGUUGAUGUUUUGGAAAAAUAUGAUCACACUAAGUAUGUUUACAUUGGGGGACAUUCAGAGUUUUUUAUGUCAAAUAUUUGGUUCUCAUUUGAUCAAGGAUUUGGUGGAGCUGGAUUUGCUUUGAGUUAUCCUCUUGUUGCAGCAAUGGUGAAAGAUUUAGAAGGGUGUCUAAGAAGAUAUCCAUAUUUGAACUCAGCAGAUUUGAUUACUCAGUACUGUGUAGAUGAGUUGGGCGUUCCUCUAUCUGCUGAGAGAGGGAUUCAUCAGAUUGAUCUACACGGUGACAUAUCAGGGUUUUUGUCAUCCCAUCCACAAUCUCCAAUGCUCUCCCUCCACCAUUUUGACCAGAUAGAGCCUAUCUUUCCCACCAUGAACCGUUCCCAAUCUGUUAACCACCUCAUGAAAGCUGCGAAAACCGACCAGUCCCGUAUGCUGCAACAAACCAUCUGCUACCAAAAACAAACCAACUGGUCUUUUUCCAUUUCAUGGGGCUACUCUGCCCAUAUUUAUGAGAAAGUGUUGCCAAGAAGUGUUUUGAAGAGACCACUUGAGACAUUUUUGCCAUGGUUAGAUCUCAAACACCGACCAUACUACAUGUUCAACACACGGUGGCCACCUUUUGUUGAUUCGUGUGAAGCUCCUCAUGUAUUCUUCUUCGAAUCCAUUGAUAGUUCCAUUGAUAGUUUUGAAGGGCACAACCAAAUUGUUUUGACUUAUGUUCGAUCCAAGCCACGGGGUUUACCAACUUGUUCAUUGAGUGGGAGUCGUUCUGCUGAUUCUAUCUCCAAAGUUCGGGUCUUCUCGCUGGCGACAAAGCUCCCUAAGAUUGGAAGAAGUGAAUGUUGUGACGUUGUAAAAGUGGGUGAGAACAACAUAACCGAGAUCAACAUCAGAACUUGCAGGGAUGAUGAGAUAAUUGCUUAAUUAGAUGUUGUGAUCUUAAUUUCUCAUUUUUUUUUUCCACGCAAAGAUACACCCUGCAAAUCUUAUUAAGAGUUAGCAAAUUCUUAGCUUGGUUAGGAUCAAGAUCAGCUAUAUUUCUUUAAUUUGUUAGACUAGGCCCAAAUGCUAUGUUUGGUUUAUGAAUUUGAAUAGAAAUUUAGAAAAGAAAAUAGAAAUAAUAGGUAAAAUAUGAAUAAAAUAUAACUAUCUUUCACACA